AUGGUCAUUUUUAGGAGAGAAGAGGAAAGGGGCGGCGGUGUGAAGAAGAAGGGAAUCAAACUACCGUCGAAACCUAAGUGGUCCUUCAAAGGAGGGAAUAGCAAGCCUGGGUUGGUUGUCGAGCUAUUAAGCUUAGACCCUUUGAUUGGUAAAGGGAUUGAAAAGGAAACGAUGAAGCCGUCUGCCCCUUCGUCGUGCCCUGAGGAAACCCUAGAGGCGCGCAUCGUUUCGGACACCCUAGAACAGCGACAUGCUGAAUCGUCUUCCGGUUUGACGAUGAAGGAGAAGGAGUUAAUUUUGGUUGAUCUUCAGCCAUCUCCUGAAAGGAGCGAAUUGGGGACUGUCAAACCAAAUCCUCUGAAACCAGGAAAUGUAUUCUCUGUGCUGCAAAAUUCGGAUGAAAGAGAUAAUGAAUUGCCAUUAGCGAAUGCGACAUGUGAUAAGGUAGUUGCAGUUUCCUCUAAUACGCUUCUUGCUACGGUGAUCACAAAUCGUUUUUCUGUGUUGGAAACGAUAGAUGAGGUGGUGAAUGAAGCUACUAGUGUGGAGAAGAAGAGCAUGUUGAAGAUGCGUAUAUUGAAAACCCUCCUACACAACAUGAACCUCAGAGUGAUACUGUGA